AUGCAUCAAUCCCAUGUAGCAUUCAUUGCACAGCAAUUGAUCCAUCAAUCCCAUGUAGCAUUCACUGUGCAGCAAUUGUUCCCUCAAUCCGAUGUAGCAUUCACUGCGCAGAAUUUGAUCAAUCCAUCCCAUGUAGCAACAUUCAUCGGCCUAUUUGCAGGACUUUCCCUCUCUUGUGACAAUCGUUGUGACCGCCGCUGCUCUUCCUUUCGCUUACGUGUCCGCUGCUCUCUUGUCUUCUCUUCCUUUUGUUUACGUGUCCGCCGAUCUUCUGUCUCCCCUUCAUUUCGCUUACAUGUCCACUGCUCUUCUGUCUCCCCUUCCUUUCGUUUACGUGUCCGCUGCUCUUCUGUCACCUCUUCCUUUUGUUUACGUGUCCGCCGAUCUUCUGUCUCCCCUUCCUUUCGCUUACAUGUCCACUGCUCUUCUGUCUCCCCUUCCUUUCGCUUAAGUGUCCGCUGCUCUUCUGUCACCUCUUCCUUUUGUUUACGAGUCCGCCGAUCUUCUGUCUCCCCUUCCUUUCGCUUACAUGUCCACUGCCCUUCUGUCUCCCCUUCCUUUCGCUUAGGUGUCCGCUGCUUUUCUGUCACCUUUUCCUUUUGUUUACGUGUACGCCGAUCUUCUGUCUCCCCUUCCUUUCGCUUACAUGUCCACUGCUCUUCUGUCCCUCUUUGUUUCGUUUACGUGUCCGCUGCUCUUCUGUCACCUCUUCCUUUCGUUUACGUGUCCGCCGAUCUUCUGUCCUCUCUUCCCUCUUCCUUUCUCCCCUUCCUUUUGUUUACGUGCUGCUCUCCUGUCCCCCCUCCCUUACGCUGCUCUCUUUUACGUUACGUGUCCGCUGCUCUUCUGUCUCCUCUCACUUUCGUUUACAUGUCCACUGCUCUUCUGUCUCCCCUUCCCUUCGCUUACGUGUCCACUGCUCUUCUGUCUCCCCUUCCUUUCGCUUACGUGUCCGCUGCUCUUCUGUCACCUCUUCCUUUCGUUUACGUGUCCGCAGAUCUGCUGUCACCCCUUCUUUUCGCUUUGUCCGUGUCUCUGUCUCCCAUUCGUUGUCCGUGUCUUCUGUCUCCCUUUGUCCCCCUUCCUUUCGUCUUACGUGUCCACAUGUCUAUUCUGUCUCCCCUUCCUUUCGCUUACGUAUCCACUUUUCCUUUUCUUUCUCCUCUUCCUUUCGCUUUACGUGUCCGCUUUUUGCUCUUCUGUCUCCCUCUUCCUUUUCGCGUGUUACUUGUCUUCUGUCUCCUCUCCUGUUUCCCUUUCGUUUAUGUGUCCGCUCUUCUCUCCUGUGUCCCUCUUCCUGUUCCCCUUCCUUUUGUUUACGUGUCCGCUACUCUUCUGAUCCCCUUUUUCUUUCUCCUCUUCCCUUUCGUUUACGUGUCCGCUGCUCUUCUGUCUCCCCCUUCCUUUCGUCCUUACGAGUCCCUUGCUCUUCUGUCUCCUCUUCCUUUUCGCUUACGUGUCCGCUGCUCUCCUGUCUCCAUUUCGUUUACGUGUCCCGAUCUGCUCUCUUCUGUCUCCUCGUCUCAUUUUCGUGUCUGCUUACUUGUGUCCUUUGCUCUCUCACUAUUCUGUCUCCUCUUUCUCUUUCGCUUUCUUUGA